UUGGAAUUUAAGGUAUUUUAAUCCGGAAUGAGGUCACCGGUAGAACGAAAAGUGUACUUAGCUGUCCGUUGUCGCCUAUGCUAAUGUCAUGGAAGCUAACGGUACUGAUGCAUCCGGGUACAGCAUCCUUCAAAGAAGUGUUGCAGUCUCAUGGGCAGUGUUUUGGCUUUGUCUUCCGGUCCGGGCCACCAGAAUUGGCCUUUUUCUACGGACCCCCCACCUUCUCGCUGGGACGCACAUCCUGCUCACUGGUACAGCCCGCCACGCUGGGAGAGGAGAGAUGGACGCCUACCAAACCCAGGCAGCUUUCACUCUCUUCACAGGAGUUGCAAAGAUGUGUUUCCUCAACAGAUUGAAGGUGUUAAGAUGAUUGUCAAUAAAACUGUGAGCAGCUUCUUCAAGGUCAGUCAUACACUCCACCUCAGUGCUGUCAGUCCUUCAUACUAUCGAUUCCAUGUGGAACACCUGCAGUCUGAUGAUUACAGCAAAGACAAGGAUGCCCCCGCGUUAAUUGGUGAGAUGGAUUCCUCAGGCAGUCUGAAUGCACAUGCUUUGCUGCAUCUUACUGAGCGUAUACGAGCCAGAUCGGUUUUCCAGACCCAGCAGUCCCAAUUCGUCACCUGGCAGUUUGAAACAGAGUACAGGGGGAGUGACUUCACCGCAGCUGUGACGGUGGCUAAUCCAGAUGUUCUUAGAGAAUCAGUUAUCCUCGUGGCUCACUUUCUGCAAAGUGUGUCCUCUGGUCUGGUGUUAGGAGGAGAGCUGGUCUACCACAGAGGCAGAGCAGAAGAGGGUGGAAUCCUCACACUGGCUGGACAGUAUUCAAAACCAAAUUGGGUGGCAACUUUGAAUGCCGGUAAAGGAGGUGCCCAUGCUAGCUAUUAUCACAGAGCCAACAAGCAGAUCCAAGUAGGGGUGGAAUUUGAAGCCAGUACCAGGACUCAGGAGACCACAACUUCAUUUGGGUACCAGAUGGAACUGCCAGAGGCCAACAUGGUCUUUCGAGGUAUGAUAAACAGUCGCUGCAUCAUAGGAGGCGUGCUGGAGAAACGCCUGAGCCCUCUCCCUGCCACCCUGAUAAUGGGUGCGUUUGUAAACCACCGCGGUGACAAGCUGCAAGUAGGUCUUGGUGUCAAUGUGGGACAAUAGUAUACUUUUUUUCCUGCUGGAAUGACAUCUUACAUCGACAACUGACAUGUAGAGUGGGGGAACAGAAACCUGCGUCCAUAGCUUCAUCCUGACUCAAUCCCUAACACUGAAUCAGGUCUGGGAUAAACAACAUUGUCGUGGUCCCGGGUUCUCGAACAAUACCUGAAAUCAGUGCAUCAUCUCUUGCAAUCUACCUCUGAAACGAAGGAGGAUUAUUUGUUUCUCAUUUGUUUGCUGUUAAACUAAACUGAAAUGACAAGGUGGGCUUUCCGGGACGCAUAACCAACCAAUAUGAGGGAUCUACUAGUACAAACAUUUUUUUUUUUUUUUUACAAGAGAUUAUACUUAUAAAAAACAAAACAAUGUUCUUUUAAUGUUUUUACUGGAAACCUUUCUGGAUACUAGACCGCAAUCAUGGUCAUUUAAAUAUGAAACUAAUUUGCACAUCAUAAACUAGUUUUAGAUUGUCAAUGAGCAACUCAGAUGUAAUUACUAGCUGACAGGCCACUACUUGUUGGCAUUCCUGCUAAUGCAUCAAAAAACAAAAACAGCAGUGAACUAUGUGGUAUUUUCAAAUCAAUGGAUGCUAAAAGAAGGGAUGUGGACAGAAUGACCCAAAACUUGUUAAGUUAGGUGUAAAAAGAUAUAAAUGGUGCUGUUACAGUCAACCCAAGAAGACCAAGUAAUGAAUACUAUGGAAAGUAUGCACAAUACUGUUCUGUCAUGCAACAUGCACUAUUGCACGCUCCAGACUUAAUUCAUAUAUUUAUUGUUAUUUAUUUGUUAUUUAAAAAAGGAGGGAUGUGGAACAAAGCGCAUUUUCUGAAAUUAAUUUAUUAAACUAUGUUAUUUCUA